GCAUUCUUUCGGCACGACGGUUCCAGUCAUUAGCUUCUAGAAAGCUUUCCCCUCUCGCACCUGCGGCGCUUUCCCCAGCCGCGAGUGGCAGUCGCGUCGCGGCUGCUCCCGGGACCGUCCGUCGACCGCUUCCUCGUCGCGUUGGCGUCGGUCGGCGUUGAUCGCCAGCGGACCCGGGACCCGUCUCUUAGACGCUAACCGGCUCGCCAGGUGGAAGGGGAGUCCCUUUCUCCCGAGAGGAGCCGCGCCCCGCCGGUCGCUCUCUUGGCGGGAUCUCCGCAGAGUUUCUCGUCCGGACGCGGUUUCGGCUGCUGCCGUAGCGGCUUCCUCGGGUUGCCAGACGACGCUUGGACGCUCAACGACCACGAUGGGCCCAGGUCAGCGUUCCGGUUCACCGGUUGGCAGAGGAGGUGCGAACGGAGAAGAGACUCAGGAUGCUGAUGACCGAGGGCCCCAAGGAGACGGCCGACCUGGAGGCGACCAACCUCGAGCUGCCGGAGUAUUAUGAUCCUCGGAAGUUCGACCUCGGCCAGCGAGCCUUUCGCGACAACGUCUUCACGAUGAUGGUGGCCAAACUCGCGGGACUCCUUACCCUGCUGGCGGUGCCGUCCAUCCUCGAGAUCCUCGUUUUCACCAAACAAAGCGGCACGCCCUGCGCCGCGUUCAGGAGAUACGUCUCCACGAUUCUUCACACUUUUGUGUGGUACAGGAGGGCUCCCAACAAGCGGAGCGAGUUCUUCGACUCCCUAAGGAACGUCAGGAAGAAGCACUGCGUUGUGUCGAGGAGAUGCUCGGAGGCUGGCCUUGGCAGGAUCUCCCAGCUGGACAUGGCGUUGACGCAGUUCGGAUUCAUAGGGUUUGUUUUACUGAGCGGCGACCAGUUGGGGGUUGCCGCGUCCGAAGAGGAGCUCGAAGGACUGGUCCACCUCUGGAGGAUCAUAGGCAACCUGCUGGGCAUGGAGGAAAGGUUCAACCUUUGCAAUGGCACCGUCAAAGAAACCAAGGCGCUCUGCGAGCGUCUUCUGGACGAAGUUUUCCUGCCCUGUCUGGCCUCGAGAAACACGGAGUUCGAGAGGAUGGGUCGAAUCCUCCUUCAGGGUCUGUGGCCGGUCAACCCUCACCUCGACCCUGACGCUUUCCAGGCCUUUACUCUUCAUCUAGCCAGCUCGUCCACGAGGAACAAUAAUCACUCGAUCUGCAUAGACAAGUCCUCUAUGGGAUGGUACAGCAGAUUCAUGCUGGAGUUUCAGCUGUUCGUACAUCACUACCUGAUGCCGAAAGCGUAUCGCUGGUCGGUCUUCUUUCGCGCCUUCUUCAACGCUCAGACCAGACUUUCCAUAUACCUGACGGAGAAGCUACCGUUCCUUGCCUACUGGACCUUCGGCAGAAAGCGAUCGCACGUCGACAUUUACAAGCUUCGUUAGGACUGAGGGUUCCAGCCGCACAGUAGUCGGCGUCGAUUGGCGUCGGUCGACGUCGCUUCCACCGACCGCCUACGUGUCUCGCCUCGUCCUGUGAUUUUCUCGUGCACUGCCUUUAACUCGAGUACAAUAAAUUUGACACCGGUCACCGCCA